UUAAUUAAUUAGGAAUUUCGCGAAACAGAAAUCUCUGCUUUUUAUAACUUAAGGCCUUCGCUUCUGAAAUUGUUCAUUGAUCGUCUGCUUUUCACCUGCCAGUCUUCUCUUCUCCCAUUCUCUUUGUUUCCAAGAAUGGCCACACAUUGAGAUUUUCCCAGUUCGGCUGUUUCAAGAACCAAACAGAAAGUUGCAAACUUCAAUUUUCUCUUUCUUCUUAGGGUUUUUGCUUUGAUCAGAUGACUUAUAACAAGGAUGGCAUUGUGGUGUCACAGUUGACGAUGAGAGUGGAGGCUGACAGUAAUGAAGAGGGUAAUAACAAUGGGGAGUAUGUCAAAUUGAGAGAUUGUGAGGUGGAAGAUGGGGGAUUUGUUGCGGCUGCAGAAGGGUCUAGUUUUUGUUUAUGGAGAUGGAGGGGGUCUGUGGUAUGGUAUUGGGUCAAGUUAGCUUUGUUGUUUACUUGUUUGGGAUUGUUGGCUGCUGUUUGCCUCAAAUGGGUGGCUCCGUUUUUCAUGGACAAGGAGCUCAUUCCCAUCAUAAAUUGGGAGACAACAACAUUUAGCACUCCAGUGCUGGCAGUUCUGGUCUUUGUUUCUGUGGCAUUAUUCCCCACCCUACUUUUACCUUCUACUCCUUCUAUGUGGGUAGCUGGGAUGACAUUUGGUUAUGGCUUUGGAUUUCUGUUAAUUAUAUCUUCAGCAGCUGUGGGUGUAUCUCUUCCAUAUAUCAUUGGCUCACUGUUCCUUCAUAAAAUUCAAGGUUGGUUAGAAAAAUAUCCAAAAAAAGCUGCUAUUUUGAGAGCAGCUGGUGAAGGAAACUGGUUUCAUCAGUUUAAAGCUGUAACAUUAAUCAGGAUUUCUCCAUUUCCAUAUAUUUUAUAUAAUUACUGUGCUGUUGCCACAAAUGUUAAAUAUGGUCCUUAUAUCUUAGGAUCAUUGAUAGGAAUGGUGCCAGAGAUUUUUGUUGCAAUCUACACUGGGAUCCUUAUAAAGACCUUGGCAGAUGCUUCAAAUGACCAGCAUUCACUUUCAGCUCCACAAAUUGUUUUCAAUGUCAUUGGUUUCUGUGCGACAGUAGCUACCACAAUUAUCUUUACUAUAUAUGCGAAGAGGCAGCUCAAGGUAUUGCAAGAUGAACCAUUACUGGCAUAGCUUCUGAAUAUAAUUUGGGUCAGGGUAACACUCUCUGCAACCCGAGACUUCUCAGGGUAACAUAUUUAAGCAUUGGUGGGACUUGAUGAGGUUUUAUUUUAUUGAACAACUUCAUCCAUAGAAAGGCGUCAUUGUGUGACGAUGUGGAUGGUGCUAUACAAAGACUCGAAGUGGACAAAUACCUAACCUAGUAUAGAAUACAGAGCAAGCUUGUCUUUUUGGUUUUUUCUUCAUUUUUUUUUUCCACUUCUUUAGGCCUCUCAUUUGUUUCAGUUGUUAUUUGUAUAUGAUUGAUAUUGAAAUCUUGGCCUUGAAAAUGUUAAAGUUGGAUUGUUGCUUGUAAAUGAAAUAUAUAUUAUAAAGAAAACAUAUUUAUUUUAUCA